GCUUAAUAUGGAUUAUGUCUGGAGUGGCUAUAAUGAACAAGGAAAUACAAUUGAUAUCAGUAGUUCAAUUAAUGGGAAUAAUGACCAACCACAAUUAACUCAACAACAACAACAACAAGUUGAUGAAUACAAACAUUUUCAAAUGACUAUUUAUAAUUAUUUAAUAAAUCUUCAUAAAGAAUUUGAAUAUGAAUUAGAUCGAGUAACAAGAGAACACGAACUACAAUUGUUUAAAGUAAACAUUUUUAUAUUUGGAAUGUGUUUUAUUGUUUCUGAUGAAAUGUUGAUGGUCUAUUAUGUGAUUGUUGGUACAUUCUGUUCAGGCAUUUGAAACAUCUAUUUUGUUAAACCGUAAAAUGUUUAAAGUUAAACGCUUUAUUUCAGACUUGGUUGAACUGGAUAACUAGCAAUAGUAUUUGUUUGUACUCUCAAACUAUUAUAACAAGAAAAAAAGCCAUUUAUUUACCAAAAAAAAACAACAGAAUUUGAACGUGUUAAAGAAGAAAAAAUUUCCACUUUAAUGAUAUCAUUUUCUCAAACUGUACAACCGUAUUUAAAGGUAAUUUUUACACGUAGUGUUUUGAAUGAGGAUACAGGUGAGGACAACCAACUAUGU